CCGAAAAAAGCUACUAGAGGAAGUGGAAUUUCAAAGUGGCUGCCACUCACUGAACCUUGCAUUCUUCUCGUGUACAAACUAGACCAUAGAGCUCAGCUGCUUCAGGUACAAUGUCCUGCAUCUCUAGUGUAGUUAUUUGCUUCAUUCAAAUAACUUUUAUUUGCAAUUUUAUUUGCAAAUAACUAAAAAUAACAUCCUCGGUAUCCUUGAGUCCUAGGCAGACAUCAGCCGAUUAAUGUUGUAAAUUUGGUCACCUCCAAUGUUUGGUUUGCUCUGAAAUUAUUUUUUAAAAAUAUCAUCUUGAGUAACAACUGUCCCCAUAAAAAUAUCAUCUUGAAUGAUGAAAUAGAAAUUUGAUUUUGAAUAUGUAAAUUCUGAAAUUCAUUUAAGAAAAUCUUCUGCAAUUUAAUUAUAAAUUAGAUUGAGGAACGUACAAGGCUACAUUCUACACGUGUCGAUAUUGGUUCAACAAUGCGAGUACAAAUCUAAUUUUAGUUGUAUGUAUUACGUCAGCUGUAAGUGACUCGACAAUAACACCAUUAUUUCUGACAUUGUUGAAAGUUUGUGACUCGUGUGAUGUGUCAAAAUGUAAUUAUACCUGAAUUGUGUCACUGAUAUAAAAAACUUGAACAUUUCAUAAAACAAAGUAACCUUUGAGUCAUCUGCAAGUUGAAAAAGUUAGCAGUUUAUGGAAAUUAUUUUUUACAUGGCAGCUACAGCAUUGUUAUCUUGUUUUCCUCAUUUAAAGCAUUGAAGUGAACUAAAAUUUGAACUUUUUAGGGUAUUAAAGUGAAGACUUAGGGUAUAAAAGUGCACGCAAUGAUCUCAGCCCAAGUAUACAAACUUUUACUGCCGACCAAUGAACAUGUUUCCAACAGCUGUUGUCCUACUCAGGGUGAAGUGUUCAACAUCUCCCAUUAACCAAGUUGUUGAUUAAGUAUCAACAAUUGUUAAUUAGUUAUCAAGACAAUAACAUUGACAGUUGAAAGAUUCCCCAUCAACCAUUGUACAAACAACCCAGGAUCUCAGCCGACGGAUGACAUCUUGAAGUUUAUUGGAUGUUUCUUUAUAAUGUUUCAUGUAGACAUGAAAUAUUGUAUUGUGUAAAAAAUCCAUUGGAUUACGUUAACUUAAAAUAAUCUGUUUUUAUGAUAAACAUUGUUUAUAUGAUUGCUGGAUUUGACAUUGAAAAAAUUAUCAAGUGAAGAGACUGACAAAAAUUUAAUUUUGAAUAGUCGUGUGUCAAUGAAUGGUCCCGAACUUGAUAGUUCCUUUCUAUUGAUAACUACUCUGCGUUAAAGACUUAACUAUGAUGCUAAACUAUUGAUCAUAGUUUGCUCAAUGAUGUUAGUAGCUGUGGUGGUAUUAGGUGCGGCAAGAUGGUGCUGGUGCAAAUGGUAGUGACUGCUGGUAGUGCAGGUAGUGUUUCAACUACCUCUGUGUCAUUGGUGGGUGCUUCAAAAGACUCGGUUUCUGCUACACAUUUUAGUGCGUCAAAAGACUUUGGUGGGUCAAAGGACGCACUUCCUACACAUUUUAGUGGGUCAAAAGAAGCACUUCCUACACAUUUUGGUGGGUCAAAAGACGCACUUUCUACACAUUUUGGUGGGUCAAAAGACGCACUUCCUACGCAUUUUAGUGGGUCAAAAGACGCACUUCCUACGCAUUUUAGUGGGUCAAAAGACGCACUUCCUACGCAUUUUAGUGGGUCAAAAGACGCACUUCCCACAAAUUUUGGUGGGUCAAAAGACGCACUUCCUACACAUUUUAGUGGGUCAAAAGACACACUAUCCGCACAGUUUGGUGGGGUUCAGUCCACUCAACCACAACAAUUAUCAGACCAAGCCAAGUUUGGCGAGCCAAGCUUGAGUCAGAACAAGUCGUACAUCCAGAGACCUUCAUCCACGGGUUAUUCUUUGGCUUCUCGGUCAAAGUCAUCGUAUUCAAACGUGUAUAAAAACACACAAACACACAAGACUCAAAUUCCUGUGUUAAAAAGCUCCGAUGUUCCAAAUGUUGUGAAAAUAAAACCCAAAAGUUUACCCCUCCGAGAAGAUUCAAGAUCAACAAAAGGAAACUUAAUGAACGCAAACGAAAACAACUUUGUUGGCGGCGACCGACUUUACGGUGGCAUUAGUUGUGUUAAAACAGAGCUUGGUGGAGCUAAUAUACAGUUCUUGAGUGGUAAUUUUAGUGAUGAUGGUAACAGAACUGCUGUGAAUGAUGGCAGUGAUAUCAAAUCAGUGAGGAACACGGAUAUUUUCCGGAGCAACAUGGCGGAGUUUGGGCGUAUGAGUGGAGGACUUGCAGGACGUGUCGACCCGGCGCAGCAGGACAUGCUCAGUCUCCAGGAGAUUAUUGAGGCCUCUGUGAGCUGUGAGAGCAGUGCAGCUGUUAACCACAUCCUAGAGCAGGUGCAGCAGCUGUUAUCACUGCAGUUGUUAUCAUUGUUCUCCCUGUUCUCCUCAGCUGUGCUGAGGCUGCAACCGCUGCAGACUCAGCAGCGCUGGCCCUGCACGACUCACUGA